AUGCUCUCAUGCCUGCUACUGAUAAACAAUCUGGGAAGAAAUCGCAGUUUUCAGUGGGGACAUGAGGGGGUUUUCAUCGUUAGCAUCACCCGCCCGGUUGUCAUCUGCACUGAGAAAUCCUCCUGAAGCAGCCCAGUCUCUUCCAAAGGAAGCCCGAACUUCUUUAAAAGGUGAGCCCUCACUUAAUCGUCCGAAUAAAUCAAAAGGUGAUACUACCAAAGUUGAUCAUGCAUAUAUUUCCCAAGUAUUAUCGAGAGCCGACUGGGUGUUACUGCUAGGACACGAGCUAAACGCUAAGAGGAUCGUUCUUAAUUCUCAUUCAGUUAUUAGUAUCUUUCAGAACCUGGAAAACCCAUCACACUCUAUAAAGUUUUAUGCUUGGGCUUUGAAUAUCUACCCCGCAUUAGCAGAGAAUCAGUCAGUUAGAGGUGUUUUAUCGAACUCGUUGUAUCGUAAAGGGCCGGUCAUUUUAUCUGUUGAACUGAUUCAGGAUAUUCAAAAGUCUGGUUUUCGGAUUACUGAAGACCUGCUUUGCUUAUUGAUUGGAAGUUGGGGGAGACUGGGCUUGGCAAAAUAUUGUUCUGAUAUUUUUGGCCAAAUCUCAUAUUUAGGUCUUUAUCCAAGCACAAGGUUAUAUAAUGCUCUUAUCGAUGCACUAGUGAAGUCCAAUUCCGUUGACUUGGCAUAUCUUAAAUUUCAACAGAUGACAGCUGAUAAUUGUCAUCCGGAUAGAAUCACGUACAAUAUCCUUAUUCAUGGCGUUUGCAAAGCUGGUGUGGUGGAUGAGGCACUUCGCUUAAUGAGGCAGAUGGAGGGCAGGGGACAUUUUCCCAAUGUUUACUCAUAUACGAUCCUAAUUGAUGGGUUUUGUAAUGCCAAGAGAGUUGAUGAGGCCUUCCAAGUACUAAAGACAAUGAAGGACAAGAAAGUGUAUCCCAAUGAGGCAACUAUCAGAACAUUGAUUCAUGGGACUUUCCGUUGCCUAGAUCCAAGUAAGGCUCUUGAGUUACUAUCCAAUUUGCUUGACAUGACACCCAACUAUUUUAAGUUAGUUUGUGAUACUAUACUCUAUUGUCUCACAAAUAAUUCUAUGACGAGAGAGACAAUCAUGUUUUUCAGAACGGCACUGGCAAAAGGUUAUUUCCCUGACAAUUGCAUAUUCAAUGUCAUAAUGGCUUGUUUGGUAAAAGGACCAGAGCUUCUAGAGACAUGUAAGAUAUUUGAUAUUUUCAGAGAAAAAGGUGUGAAGCCAGACAUAGGUACUUAUCUUGCACUUAUGGAGGCCUUAUACAAGGAUGGAUAUACGGAGGAUGGGGAUCGGAUUCACAAUAAGUUGUUGAGGGAUGGGCUAAUUACUACUGUCUUUUCAUAUAACAUGCUAAUUGAUUGCUUCUGCAGAGCCAAAAUGAUUGAUAAAGCAUUGGAAACUUUCAUCAAUAUGCAGCAUAAAAGGCUUACUCCUAAUCUUGUUACUUUCAAUACCCUUAUUAAUGGGCACUGCAAGGUUGGAACAAUAGUUAAGGCCCAAGAGCUUCUGAAGAUGCUCUUAGAAAUUGGAGUUCAACCUGAUAUUUUCACAUUUAGUUCUAUAAUUGAUGGGCUCUGCCGCAUACGCCAAACCGAGGAAGCCUUUAAAUGCUUCACUGAGAUGAUUGAGUGGGGUGUCAGUCCGAAUGCUGUCAUUUACAACAUCUUAAUUCGGUCUUUAUGUGCGACUGGGGAUGUUGCAAGAGCUAUGAAACUUAUAAGAAGAAUGCAAGAUGAAGGACUAAAGCCUGAUACAUUCUCCUAUAAUGCUCUGAUUCAAAGUUUCUGUAGAAUGAAGAAGAUCGAGAAAGCUAAAAAGGUUUUGGUUUCUAUGUCAAAGUCUGGUGUGAGACCUGAUAAUUACACAUAUAGUGCUUUUAUGGAGGCACUAUUUGAAUCUGGGAGAUUUGAAGAGGCCAAGAAGAUCUUUUACUCAAUGGAGGAAAACGGACACUGUCCUGAUUCAUAUAUAUGUAACUUAGUGGUUAAGAAGUUGGUUGAGAAAAACUGCUUUGAAGAGGCUCAAAUCAUUGCAGAAAGAUGCAAACAGAAGGGAAUAUCCUUGAACUCUGUUCCUAUCUUGUAGACUGUAUAUUGACCGGCUUAAGAGAUGCUGCUAUAUGGUAUAGUCAGACUUGGUGGAAUGAGAAUCUGAGGAUGACUCAUGGUGGCCAAGGACAUACUCAAGGAAGAUCUUGCCAAUGUUGCUGAUGGUGACAGACGGUGAUGGGGGAGGUCUUGAGUUGUUUUGCAAUGACGAGGAAGAGAGGCCAGAAAUAAGGCAAGCUGGUGUGAACCUCAGGGAAAGGAGGAUGGCGGAGGAGAGAGCCAAGACCAAGGACAGAGGUACCACAAAGUGCCCUAGGUAUCUAUGAAAGCCCAUGGCGUAGCUUCCUCUUCUUUUUUAAAAUCUAUUGCAAAGAAAGGCAAUCACAUCAAUCUGGGCGUUAUUAGACGCAUCCUAUCAUAUUAUUCUUACCUAGCCAAAAUAUUAGCAUUCUCCACUGAGGAUAGUGAUUUUGACUGGAGAGAGAACUUGAGAAAGCUGCAUGUAAUUAGCCGAAGAAGAUCCAUAAUUAGAUAAGGUUAUGAUGUAAUGAAGUUCUGAAUUUUAAUUCUCUUUCCAUUCUUCUAUUCUUUUUA